AUGGCCCGCAUCCAGAUUCCUCUCGACGCCCUGACGUCGCGUCUGAACCUCGGGGACCGAUUCCAGGGCCUCCGCUCCGGUCCCCUCAGUGGGCGAUUCUCCAACCUGCGGCCCGUCUCCGAGUUCUUCGACUUCAAGCGCUUCGCGAAGCCCUCCAACUUUGGAGAGAUGCAGUCCCGUGUCAAUUAUAACCUCAGCCACUUCUCCAGCAACUAUGCCGUUGUAUUUGCCAUGCUGAGCAUCUACGCUCUGCUCACCAACUGGCUGCUUCUCUUCGACAUCAUCCUCGUCGUUGCUGGCAUGUUCCUCAUCGGUCGUCUCGAAGGGCGCGACCUCGAGAUCGGCACCUUCCGCGCCACUUCGUCGCAGCUGUACACGGGUCUGCUCAUCGUCGCCGUGCCCCUGGGUCUGAUCGCCUCGCCCUUCUCGACCCUUCUCUGGUUGAUUGGCGCUUCCGGUGUGGCCAUCCUCGGCCACGCAUCGUUUAUGGACAAACCGAUCGAUGAGGCUUUUUCCGGGGAGGCGGUCUAG